CAGAGCACUGAGGGGGUACUCAGGAGGAUUACAGCUCUGUGUACUGAAAUCUGGGAGACAGAAGAAGGAUUAGUGGGGAAAGGGCAAAGGGAGCAGGAUUUAUCAGCUUUUCAAAUAUGCAUUACAGCUUUUUCUAAUAUUUCCCUGGAUUGUCUAAGACUCUGCCUCAUAAUAGGAGUUCCUUGACCAUAAAAGAAAGGUUUCCUCUCCUUCUGGAAUCUGAUGUUAUGAAGUGCAACUGGCCACAGUCAUGGAACUGUUCAUAAGUUCACCUGAACCAGAUCAGCUGCCCAGAAACCCCACAGUUCUAUGGAUAUAAAGCAUGAUGGCAUUGUAGUUGCUGUUGCUAUUGAAAAAGACAAUUUUUAUGGGGGAGGACACAUUCAAGUGAUGGGAUGAACUUAUGGGAGGAACUAAUACAAUUUCAAACGGUGAUUCAGGGGCCGUUCUGAAGGUGUGAAGGGCCCAGUUUCAGUAAGGGUAUGGCCAAACCUUUUUUCAGACUACAGAAAUUUCUUCGGCGGACCCAGUUUCUGCUCUUCUUUCUCACAGCAGCUUACCUAAUGGCUGGCAGCCUUCUCCUAUUACAGCGAUCCCGCUUGGUUAUCCAACAAGGCACACGUGGGACCUCGAAUAUUCAGGUCUCACCGGUUUCAGACAUGGUGAUAGGAGUUGGAAUCCUAGAUACCAGAGCAAUGCAAAACCCUCGUUUGAGUUCUAAGCUUCUGGUGGACAUGGAUAUGCUCCAUGAUCCAACAUCGGAUCAGAGGUAUGGGCCACGGUGGCUAAUGUCCCGGAACUCAGAACUGAGACAGCUAAGAAGAAGAUGGUUUCACAGGUUCAUUAAUGAACAAGAACCCAUGCAAGCAAUGGGAUCUAAGGUGAUGCAACAUACAGGCGAAAACAAAGGCACUUAUGUUGGAUGCUUCAGUGAUGAUUCCAGGGAGAAGACAUUGAAGGGAGCUGUGUUUUAUGACUUAAGAAAAAUGACAGUAUCUCAUUGUCAAGAAGCUUGUGCUGAGAGGGCUUAUACCUACGCUGGCUUAGAGUAUGGGGCAGAAUGUUACUGUGGGAACAAGCUCCCAGUAACUAUUGCAAAGCAAGAAGAGUGCAACAAUGAAUGUAAAGGAGAGAAAGGUUCCAUCUGUGGUGGGGUGAAUAGGCUGUCUGUCUACAGGGUGGAGGAGCUGCGGGCAGGGGCCAAACGACGGAGGAACGUUAUCUAUCGAGGAUGUUUUAGAGCUCCAGAAAAUUUAACAGUCACCUUUCCAGCCUCUUUGAUACAGUCCAAUUUGACGGUGGAGAUGUGCUCUGAAUUUUGCUCCAAGAAAGAAUUUCCCUUGGCAGUCAUCGGAGGGCCAGAAUGCUACUGUGGCUAUCCCACAAUGCAUUUCACUCUUCACGACAGCGUGGACAGGUUGUUCUGCAGCAGACUGCAGAAUGUCAGUAGUAUGGCUGAGGUGCCAAGAGAAGAGAAUUACUAUCAUGUCUAUCAGACUCCAGUACAAGACACCCGAUGCACAGAUAGGAAAUUCCUCACUACCAAAUCCAAAGUGUUUGUUGCUUUGUCUAGUUUUCCUGGGGCCGGGAAUACCUGGGCUCGUCAUUUAAUAGAACAUGCCACUGGAUACUACACUGGAAGCUAUUACUUUGACGGAACCCUGUACAACAAAGGUUUUAAAGGAGAAAAAGACCACUGGAGAAGCAGGAGGACUAUCUGUGUGAAAACACAUGAAAGUGGCAAGAGAGAGAUUGAAAUGUUUGACUCCGCCAUCUUGUUGAUAAGGAACCCAUACAAAUCUCUAAUGGCAGAAUUCAACAGGAAGUGUGCUGGCCACCUGGGAUAUGCAACAGAUAGGAACUGGAAGAGUAAAGAAUGGCCAGACUUUGUCAACAGCUACGCCUCAUGGUGGGCCUCUCAUGUCUUAGACUGGUUAAAAUAUGGAAAACAUCUUUUCGUUAUUCACUAUGAAGACUUAAAACAGAAUCUCAUCCCCAAGCUGAAAGAAAUGGUGGAAUUCCUAAACAUGACGGUGACAGAGGACCGAUUGCUCUGUGUCGAAAACAACAGAGAUGGGAAUUUCAAGCGGUCAGGUGCUAGGGAGAAGGAUUUUGAGCCGUUUACCCAGGAAAUGAAAGAUCUUAUCAACAGCUACAUCCUGACAGUGGAUGAAGCGCUGAAAAGAAGAAACCUGACAGGGCUGCCAAGAGAGUAUGUUCCAAGAUGAUAUCCCAGUUGCAGUUAGCUGUGUUUUUAAAAUAAAAUAAAAAUAAAUAAAUACGAGACCAGAGCUUUAUAGCAGCAAAAGCAAAGAUGUUCUUGGAGUCUGCUGAGGAAUGCAAAUUCUCUCCACUCUUGGAUGUUCUUCAGGGGCAUUAAGUGCUUCAAAAGGCAAGCAAUGAAGGAUGGAAAUUGGGUUAUAAACCAAGGAAAAAGCUAUUAGUGUCCACCUAUGUAUGUCCUUCCCUAUAUAAAUGGCUACAAAUUUAACAGUUGUGCACUGCUAAUUCUGGAAAAGGAUUCCUUCUUCUCAUCCUUACUGUCUACUAGCAAUACCUGUCAAGAAUAACUUGAGAUUUUGCAGUGCUUGAUUUGGAAAUUCAUCAUACAUGUGUAUGGAAAACCCUCAAAGGUGAUCAAUAUUUUCAUCCAAGUUUUUAAGAAAGUUAGUUGCUUUCUUUUUAAAUUUUUUCCUCCCUCCCCUCUCCUAAAUUCUCUGGUUGCCCUCUACUCAUCCCAACAUCCUCACAUUAGACUUUUGUUGGUGUGCAAGGGAGAAAUAGAAAUAUACCUGCAGUGAACACUUCCACAGAGAUAUGAACGGUCAGACAAACCUUGUCUAAGGCUCACCUUAAAAACCUUGUCAGAAACUGCAUUGUUGCAUGGUAGAUCUGAUUCAAGACUGACCUUGGGUUUUCAUCAUAAUAUGGACUCAAAACAUGUGCCAGAGGAGAUAUUAAUAUAAUCUCCAGGAGGGAGGUGCAUCCUGUCUCCAGCUUGCCUCCAGCUUUUCGGGCUGGAAUCAAGGAGAGUGGUGGGUCUCCCUUUGCGGUAGGAUAUAUAGCCCCACGCAGAAGGGGCCUGAGCAGGGGAAAGAGGGAAAUCCCAACAGGAGAAAAUGGUGAUUCAGUAUAAAGGGAUGGGCAAAAGCUCCAUGAUAUCAUCCCACUCAAACCAGCCCCAAAUUCAGAGGCAUACCUCAGGCUUGGUAAAGGCCCCAUUGUAUAUUAUAUUCUUGCUGGGUUGGGGAAGGGUGAAGAGAUCAAGAGAAGAACAAAGCAUUUCAUUUCUGUUACAAGUGACGCUCAAUGCCUGAGUGGGAACCCUUUGUCUUUAAGUUUAUGGUUUCUACAAUGGGUCCUGCCAUUGGGCCUGGUGUGCCAUUUGGUCCCAACGACAGCUUAGCUGUGUAUAGUGCUGAAGAGUCAAGAAAGUGAUUUUCUAUUGCAAGGAUAGUGGCUAUAGUCAAGUGAUUAAAACUAAUGAGUUGGAGGAUUGGGGAAGGUGGCACAGGGAGCCAUGGGAGAACAGAAGCUCUAUGGGUGAGCAGUGCUGCUGGUAGACUGGGUGAGUGAAGAGGACCAUGCAGUGUGAGGUCACACAGCAUGCUUGCUGGCCUCUUGGCAGACAAAAAAAUUCAUACCUGGGUAGAUUCGCCCCUUCCAGACGUCUAAGCUCUCUAGGUAAAGACUAAGCUACUCAUUGUUUUCCCCAGGAGCCAUCUCCAGCUUUCCUCCCAACCUCUUAAGGGCUGUUAUUUAGAGUUAGCGAUGAAGUAACUUUUCCUUUGAGACAACAUAGGUCCCGUAUAUAACUAUGGUUGUUGUACACUGAAAGGUGGAUGGUUGUCCAGGCUGGGGUUGGCGGUGAGGGGGUUAAUUCCAUUAUGCUUCCCUUCAAUUUAUUACAUUUCAUUCUUGAACACAUGCAGCAACAUGACACCAAUUAGCUUUGUGCUUUCAGAUAUGAGACAGCUUCACUCUAAGGGUGUCCAAGAGCCACCCUCGGUGUCAGCAGGAGUCACACAUGAAGCUCAGAGACUUUAUAUCACCCUACAUGCUUUGGGGCUAGGCCUGGAAGGUUGUAUUACUCUACAGUGCAUUUGUUCAUGUUAACUUUAAAAAAAUCCCCCAAACUCCCGAUGGAAUUUUAGUUUUAAUAAAAAAAUAAUAAAACAGUUUAUAUGAAGGGAGCUGGACCUCCUUUAAGUAUGUACCAUUGAUGCUUUGAAAAAUAUAGUAAAUCAAGCACAGUCUGGUCCGUGUCUUUUAUAAGUUUUUCUUGUUUGUGCUCUGCAUGUAAUUGUCUUCUUUCUUUCUUUCUUCCUCGGAAGAAUUGCUCAAUAUCAUGAAACUAACUACACAGUCCCAUCUCAGCUGGAACCAAAAAUGGAUGGAGACUUUAUUGCUUGAGUGAGGAGAGAAAUUCAGGUAUGA